UAAUCUGCUGGCCUUUGAUUCGCUCAAAGAAAAAAGGCCUGCGACACGCCAUCGCGAUCUUUCUGCGACCUUUGGAAAAAUGAAGGACGUGCUCGCGGAGGCGAAGCGGCUCAUGGCCCUCGGGGCCGCCGACGCCCACCGCCCGUACGAGCACCUCUAUGAGGCACGCCAGCAGCUCCUCGCGGCGACUGCGCAGACGCCGCAAGACCAGCUGCUGCGGCUCUCGCUCCUCGGGCAGAUUGCCAUGGCCGUCGAAGAGCCCCACGAAGCGCAGCCGUGCUUGGAGAAGGCGCUCGCGGUGCUACCAGCGAGCGCACCGCUGCUCGCCUUUGUGGGUAGCCUCGCGCCGGAUGCAGCAGCGUCGACGGUACCGAACGCGCUGCCGCCACCGUCGCAUCUCGUACCCGCCAACAUCAACGUCGACCUCGUCGAUGUCGUCGAGCUGCUCAACCAGCUCGGUAUUCUGUGGUGCCAUCGCUCGCAGCACGCCAAGGCGCUGAGCUACUUGGCGACCGCCGACGCGCUCUGUGCGACGGACGCUGACACGGACGCGCCGCUCGGGACCGCGCACACGCACACCAUGUUCUACCUCGCGCAGGUGUAUGGCCACGUCGGUGACGCCGCGACGUCGGCGCACUACUGUCAGCAGACGCUUCGCCGCCAGUUGCAAGCGUCGGGCCCGCUCACCGACGAGCUCCCGCCCGACUGGGUCAAGAAUUGCCUCGGGCUCGCCACCUUUUACACGACCACGCACGCCCCUGCGGCCGCCAUCGAAUGUGUCUUGGCUUGCAAGCACGCGACGCCACAAAACGACGAUAUCGACGAUGACCUCCGAGGCCGCAUCGCGCUCGUCGAAGCCAAGAUCUACUUGGACGUUCUGCAGCGCCCGCCAACGGUGCUUGCACCGCCGCCGCCGCCGCUCUUUCCGAGUUUGCCGCACCCGGCGAGCGCGAACGACCUCUGGCCGCUCAUGUCGCCGCUCACGUCAUUGGACGACGCCCGGCCGCUCUUCAAGCGAGCGAUGGCCUGCCUCGACGUUGCCAAGGAAGUCUUUGUUUUGGACGGACACGUGACCGACCACAUCCGGGUCCUGCAGCUGCAGAGCAGCGCGUACGCCCGGCUCUUGCCGUACGAGCCCGAUCGGAAGCGGCAGAUGGCCAUGCUCACGCGGCGCCUGAGCUACCUCACGCCGCUCCUCUUCCAUCCCGACGGCUCGGACGCAGUCGACCUCAACCGCAACGCGUUCGGGUACCUCGUGCAGGAGCUGCUCUUUGAAGCUGCCGACGUCUACGGCGCGCUCCACGACCUCAAGUGCUUGCACCUCUCGAAAGCCUACGCGCAAACCAACAGCUACGGCCAAGAUGGGAUCCGAUGCUACACGCGGUUUCUGCAGCUCUACUACUUUCAGCAAGGUACAGACGCCCGCAGCGAGAUUGACGUGCCGCUGCCGCGCCCGCUGCGUCGCCCGACGCACCUCAGCAGCGACGAGGACCUCCUCCCGUUCUUCACCGGCGUCUUUUACUUGGCGCGACUGUACGGCAAACUCCAGUUCCUCGAUACUGCAGCAACCGUCCAUGCGUGGUCGGAGAGCUUGCGCCUGCAUGAAUACGUCGUGGCCCUCACCGCUUCGGCGACGUGCUUCCAAGCCGAGCGCGCGAUCUCGCUCGAGAUGACGCAGCUGCUGCCCGAGAAGAUCAACCGCGCACACUUUGGCUCUCGCUAGCAACUC